AUGAACGAUACGAAAGGACAAGUCGUUGCUGGUGGACAUGGCCAAGAAAAGCAAUUGAAUCAAUUGUGUUUUCCAACAGACGUGUUAAUCGACCAAGAGACUAGUAAUCUCGUUAUUUGUGAUCGCGGAAAUCGACGCAUCCUACUAUGGUCUCGUCGUAGUAGCACCGCUCAAGGUGAAAUCCUUCUCGACGGUAUUCGUUGUCGAGGAUUGGCCAUGGAUGAUAAGAGAUGUCUCUACAUCUCUGACAAUGACAAACAUGAAGUAAGACGAUAUCAGCUGGGAGACAAGAAAGGAAAUAUUGUGGCCGGUGGCCAUGGCAAAGGUGAUGGUCUCAAUCAAUUCAACUGGCCGACCUUCAUCUUUGUCGAUCGACAACAGACUAUCUAUGUGUCGGACAACGAAAAUCAUCGUGUGAUGAAAUGGAAUAAACGUGCAAAAGAGGACAUUGUCAUCGCUGGUGGUCAAGGUGAAGGAAAGGCUCUGACACAAUUGUCGAGCCCUAAAGGACUGUUUGUCGAUUACUUGGAUGCCAUCUAUGUGGCAGACACGGGAAAUCAUCGAGUAAUGCGUGGGCCUAAAGGAGCAAAACAGGGCACUGUCAUUGUGGGUGGCAAAGGAGCAAAUAAGUUAUACUAUCCCGAAGCCUUGACCUUCGAUCAACAUGGUCAUCUAUAUGUCGUCGACUUGGGCAAUGAUCGAGUACAACGAUUUUCUAUCGAAUAA